AUGGGUGAUUCCGAAGACGAGCAGAACAAUGUCUCUCAUGACGCUCCAUCCUCCAGUAUCUACCACCCACCCUCAAUACACCGCUCCUCACUCCUUUCCGGCCAGUCAUACGCGCAUUACUCUUCAUGUCCAGCUGCCAUAACACCCUGUGCAGCGGGCAAUUCCACCUGGUCUCAUCCAGACCAUUCAAUUCCACCCACGCCAUGCGUCCUCGGUGUCGAUGAAGCUGGGCGAGGCCCUGUUCUUGGCCCGAUGGUAUAUAGCGCCUUUUACCUCCCUAUGCCUCUACAUCAUUCGCUUCUAGCUGAAGAACACCAAUUCAACGAUAGUAAAGUUCUCACGCCGGGGAUACGGUCAAAUCUCAUGCGUCUCCUUUGCACCCCGGAUCACCCUCUACACGAGUCUUGUGGAUGGGCCAUAAAACUGCUGUCCGCGCGAGAUAUUUCUUCUGGUAUGCAACGCCCUGGAGCUGCAGUGUACAAUCUCAAUGCACAGGCGAUGGACGCCACUGUGGAAAUUAUCCGUGGGGUUGUUGAAGAGCGUGGAGUGGACGUUAAAGAGGUAUAUAUCGAUACGAUUGGUAACCCCCAGACCUAUCAAAAGAAAUUAGAAAGGAUAUUUCCAUCCUUGAAGAUUACCGUCGCGAAGAAAGCAGACGCAUUGUUUCCGUGUGUUAGCGCAGCGAGUGUCUGCGCAAAGGUUACUAGGGAUGCUGCGCUGGAGAUUUGCUAUGAGGAGCUACAAAAGCAGAGGGCAGGAAUGGUUGAGAUGGAGCAUAUGAACGAUGGUUGGGGGAGUGGAUAUCCAUCCGAUUCCAAAUGCGUGACGUGGCUGAAGAAAGAGAUGCAUCCUUUGUUUGGAUGGGGAAAUGAAUGCCGCUUCAGCUGGGGAACAGCAAAGGACUUGUUGGAAGUGAAAGCUGGUCUUAAGGUAGACUGGCCUGCGGUUGAGGACGACGACACCAAGAUGACACAAUUCUUCAUUACUGCCUCAACGGAAAACGCGGAAGCGCAAGACGAGUUGCGAGAUUGGUACGGUAGGAGACCAAAGGAGAUUUUUUGA